AUGGAGUGUUCCUCUGAUGCCAUAGUGGAGUCUGCUGUGUGGCACCUUAUCGAACGCUUUACUGAAAUCAAGAAGGAUGCAGUCGACUUGUUUGCUGGCGUCUACGCUCCUGGCAAGGUCGUCGGUGAGACAUGGAGAACGACCAAAACAACUCUGCAGAAUAUCCAGUCAUUUUACAACACCUGUCUCAGGCGCAUCUUCAACAUCCGAUGGCCUGAAAAGAUCACAAAUGAAGAAAUAUGGAAGAGAGCAGUGCAGGAACCUUUAGACAUACAAAUCAGACGGAGGAAGUGGGGCUGGAUUGGACACAUCCUAAGAAAGCCACCUUCCAGCACCACACGUCAGGCCCUGACAUGGAACCUGCAGGGCAAGAGAAAGAAGGGACGUCCAAGAAACACCUGGUCGGAGGCAUGA